AUGUCAAGAAUAUAUUCUGUUUCAGAUAUUAAGCUACUUAAACCCAGUAAACUCCGCAGCUGGUUUAAUAGUGGGUCAUCUACAGGCUUUGGAAAAUUUGCUGUAGUAGACGUUAGAGAAUCCGAUUAUGUUGGGGGCCAUAUAAAAGGAUGUUACCACUAUCCGGCUGGAAGCUUCGAAACGAGUUUAGGAGAUCUUCAAGACAGACUAUUGAAGAAUGAGAUCAACGAUGUAGUUUUCCAUUGUAUGUUAUCGCAGGCGAGAGGGCCCAAAGCGACGUUGAGAUUCAUGAGAUCAUUAAAAGAUGUGGUCGAUCCUAAAAAGCGUGAAUUUUUCGAUAACUUGAACAUAUGGGUAUUACAGGGUGGGUUUUCAAAAUGGCAACAAGAAUACGGAGAAGAUGCAGAAGUUACUGAAGGCUAUGACAAAGAAUUAUGGCAAUUUGGAAAUUUUUAG